AUCCAGAACAUUCAGUCCCCAUCAUCUAUGAGAGCGAGUCACAGUCACGUGCACUGGAGGAAAAUAGACCAUUGGUCACUUGUCGAUGUUUAAGGCCAAACUCCUCCUACAGAAUAUAACAGUCCACAACACAUUAAUUAUCAAUCACAGCCGAUUCAUGGAACUUACUGGUGCAGAGUUUAGCUACAUUGUUAACAAGCUUUACUAGCAAGGGAACCAUUAAUCAAUUGAAGGUCUCACUAACCUAAUUGGCCGUCACACAGCAGAGUGGAAGAGUCCUCUCUGCAGAAAGAGCAGCAUGUUUCAGGAGAUAUUGGCCUAUAUUUUAAGCACUUCGGGCUGGGUGCUGGUCUCCUCCACCUUACCGACGGACUACUGGAAGGUUUCUUCACUUGAUGGAACAGUUAUCACCACAGCUACCUACUGGUCGAAUCUCUGGAAGACCUGCGUCACCGAUUCAACUGGAGUCUCCAACUGCAAAGACUUUGCCUCGAUGCUGGCACUGGAUGGCUACAUCCAAGCUUGCAGAGGACUGAUGAUUUCAGCCAUUUGUUUGGGAUUUUUUGGUUCCACAUUUGCUCUUGUUGGAAUGAAAUGCACCAAAAUCGGAGGAACCGACAAAAACAAAGCCAGGAUUGCCUGCUUUGCAGGUGUAAAUUUCCUUUUAAGUGGCAUCUGCUCACUUUCAUCUUGCUCCCUUUAUGCUCACCGGAUUACAUCGGAGUUUUUUGACCCAAUGUUUGUUGCACAGAAGUAUGAACUUGGAGCCGCUCUCUUCAUUGGCUGGUCAGGUUCUAUCCUCUGUAUCCUCGGGGGCACCAUGCUCUGUUUCUCCAUCGCAAGUUCAAAGAGCCGCAGUCAGGCAAACUAUAUCUACAAAGGUACUGCUUCUCAUAUCUCCUCCUUCCCGAGAGGGCAGGCAAAGCCUGUGACCCAGAGGCCACCCCCAGACUACAGCAACUCCUCCAGGAUGCAGCACUUUGAUAAGAAUGUUUAUGUGUGAGGGAUGUGAAUAUAAAACACUUGAAGUUGAAGCCACCAAUGAGUCUUAAAAUAUGUAAUCUAUACUAUGUAAAAGAUACAGCAUACUAUGAAACAUGGUGGUUUCUGUCUAAUAGCACACAAAUGUACUGAGAUUAAUCUGUAGCUCACUAGGAAUUACAUUUAAAUACUUAAGUGUUUCUUCCAGGGGUCAGUAGUUCAUAGUAGUAUGAUACAGUUUACUCUCUGAUGUUGAAAAAUUGCAUAUUCUUUUUUUUUAAUGUAUUUGGCAAUAAAGUGUGUUUUAAGACAUUUAUUUUGCUGGUUGUAUCUUUAACGUUUAGUUAAUCUGUUGUGAAAAUAUUUAUAAAGUGUUUAAAACACAGAUUUUCCUGCGACUAGGAUCGUAAUGCUCCAAGCUAACAUGAAGAAGGUCGCGAAAGGACAGCAUCAUGGUAUUUUCUGA